CUCCUGCCGUUCAGGGCCGUGGAGGCGCGGUUGCUCGCGCAUGCGCCCCUCGAGCGGAUGCCUGCACUGUUCCCUGGAGUGCUCGGAAGUGGGGUCAGCGUGCCGGGAUGAUGGGUGCCCGGGUGACCCGCGUGUUUCACAAUUUCAACCUGGAGAGCCGAGCCCACCGGGAGAUCGGCAAAGCGAAGCCCGCCUCUGCUCCACGACACCCCGUCACACCGGCAGCCGUCGCCCCGCAGGACAACCCUCACCAAUUCCAAGAAGAAAUUAAGAAGAAAGAUGAAUAUCUUCAUGCAUUAUUAAAAGAGGUGUAUGUUGAUUCCAGAGAUCCAUCUGUCGUAAAAAACAACAGAGGAAGCCUCCCAUCUAAGACAGAGGAGCGCCGCCUUGCAAAAGCAGGCCAGCUUGGUCACCUCGAUGUUAAGACUGUUCCCCGAGGCAAAAUCUCAGUAAUUGAGGCCUUGACCCUUCUCAGUAAUCAUCAUCAUUCUCCAAAUGAAUGGACUGCAGAGACAAUAGCAAAUGAAUACAACCUAGAACUGAAGGAUGUGACUGCCCUCUUAACAUACUUCAUCCCUUUUUCUGUGAAAAUCUUUCCUCCUCAAGACAAAAAACCCUUACAACCUAGAUAAAAAUGGCUGCCUAAAAACUGAAAAUGUGUCUUAUUUAAGUGGUGUCUGCAGGCUCUGUCACUUUCGUAACCCAUUCUGGCCAUAACAGUAUGAUAGAGGGAGCAAACCCUAGCAGAAUCUGUGAAGAAGGCCAAAAUGUCAUCUCUCUAAAAGUGAUUUGUUAUGAAUCAAACAAACAAACAAAACCUUUAUCUUUAAGCCUGAUCUUUGUAAAUUUUGUGUGCUGCAGAAGCUCCUGCUAUAAUAGGAUUCUGUAAACAGGUAUAAUUAAAGCAAGGCAGAGUUGCAGUCUUAUUUAUUCUAA